UUAGGUUGAGCGGCAGUAGAUGGAGGAAGAUCCUUAUUGAAUGUAGAGUGUAUUUUGUUAGAGUCUUUUAAUAGAGCCAUGACUGGAUUUCUUUGGCUGGGCAGCAUGAAUUGUGAAAGGUCAUGGCACUGAGUCCUGAUGAUGAAGACUAUGACACCUCUCAGUCCAGGGCCUCAGCAAGAUUAAAACCUCGGCCAACCCCUUCAUCAGGACCCAAAAUCCUUCCUCAUAAAUCAACCAGUGGUGCGCGUAGACGCAGAACGCGAUGUCGCAAAUGCGAAGCCUGCUUGCGGACAGAGUGUGGAGAAUGCCACUUCUGCAAAGACAUGAAGAAGUUUGGUGGCCCUGGCAGAAUGAAGCAGUCCUGUAUCAAGAGGCAAUGUAUUGCUCCUGUAUUACCACACACUGCAGUAUGCAAGAUCUGCGGUGAGGCAGGAAAGGAAGACAAUGUGGUGGAUGAAGCAGAGAAAUUUAAUGCUAGCUUAAUGGAAUGCUCCAUCUGCAAUGAAAUAAUACACCCAGGUUGUUUAAAGGUAGAAGAGUCUGAAGGGCUCAUUAAUGAUGAAUUACCAAAUUGCUGGGAAUGUCCAAAGUGUAAUCAGGAAGGAAAAACUGGCAAAAAGAGAGGCCCUGGGUUUAAAUUCGCCUCCAAUCUUCCUGGGUCUCUCUUAAAGGAGUUUAAAGAAGGGGAAGAUGGAGGGCGACGGAAAUCUGAAGAUCUUGAACGUCCAAGAAUGGAGGAAUAUCAUUCCAAUAGGCGAAAAUCUGAUGAUGGGCUUGGACUCAAGCGCAGAAAAGAUAAAGAUCUUCCAACAGAUUUGGGUCCAAGGAAAAAGCUGAGAGGAGGAAAAGAUGACAAACUUCAAAAGAGGAAGAAAAGGAAACUAACGCCAGACUCCGAAGAAUCUAGUAAAGUAAAACACCUGGAAAGAUCAGAGCAUGCGGAUAGGAUAGAACGGAUACGACAAAUGAUGAAGCGUGUCAACAGAAAUGAAGUCAGCAGCUCCAGCUCUAGUUCAGAUUCUGACUCCGAUUCUAGCUCCGGUUCAGAAUCAAGCAUCCAGAGAUCAGAAGGAAGCAGUGGAGAAUCUAGUCCAAGGUCUAUUGCAAAGACAGAUAGCCAAAGGUCAAAACUCAGAAGAUUUUCCAAUGACAUUUUUAGUGAGGAGGAUGAUGAGGAAGAAGAGGAUGAAGAUGAAGAGAAUGCAAGGAAUACAAAAUCCAAACUGCUUUCUUUGGCUUCAAAAGUUGCAGAAAAUAACUAUUAUUCCUUAAGAGGGGAAAAUAUUCAAAAAAACUCCUUCAGGACAGUGGAGGUUUCAUUAAAAAAGAAAAAUGGACCAUCCAGUCAGCUUUGUCACAAAGUUCUAGGAAAUAUAUCUCGACCUCGGAUACUAAGCAAACUCCCGGUGCAGUCUCCUCCCAAGCCAUUUCAAAUGGAGAGACACGUGGUUCGUCCUCCACCUGACAGCCCUGAACCUGAUUCCUUACCACUUACUAGUGGAUCAGAACAUGUGGUGCAAAGAGAAGUGUGGCUGGCAAUAUUCAGUUACCUAAGCCAUAGAGACCUAUGCAUCUGUAUGAGAGUAUGCAAGACGUGGAAUAAAUGGUGUUGUGACAAGCGGUUAUGGACCACCAUUAACUUAAGUCGUUGUAAAUCUAUCACUCCAACAAUGCUGAGUGGGAUCAUCAGGAGACAGCCCAUCAUACUGGACCUUAGCUGGACAAAUGUCUCGAAAAAACAACUCAGUUGGCUCAUAAACAAGUUGCAAAAUUUGAAAAUUCUGGCACUAGCAGGAUGCAUUUGGAGUGCAAUCUCUGCACUUUGUACAUCAAAUUGUCCUCGUCUGCGCAUGCUUGAUCUUCGUUGGGUGGAGGAUCUCAAAGACUCACAGAUGAAGGAGUUGUUGUCACCACCUACAGAUUGCAGAGUAGGUCAUAAUCAGAGCAAACUCUGCAACGUGACAGAAUUUCACUUAGCAGGUUUGGAUAUUACUGACUGCUCGUUGGCCUUGAUGAUACGCUACAUGCCAAUGCUAAACAAGCUGGACCUGAGUCAGUGUAACCACGUGACGGAUCAAUCCAUUGCCCUCUUGACAGCUGCUGGAUCUUCCACACGAGAAACACUGACUGAAAUAAACCUUUCAGGUUGCCAUCGAAUAACAGACCAGUGCCUGUUGCUGCUUCAACACUGCCCAAACCUUAACCGAAUCGACCUUCGGAACUGCAAACUGAUUUCUCCCCAGGCUUGUCAACAGCUGAUGGAAGGACUCGUAGGUGUUGCCCCCUUUGAACUCGUGGAAGACAAACUGUUAAAGAGAAGCGGUUUACAAUUGACAAAGUAGCCUCAUGGACGCCGAUAAGCCUUGCCAGAAUGUUCCUCCAAGUCCUGACUGAGACAGCACAAUAGAACCUACUGGGGAACUGUCUCCACUCUUCUAGCUAAUUGCUUUCUGUGUAUCUGUAUGGACCAUGCUGUGACAGUCUGGAGUUGUCAUGGCAAUCACGUCAUUCACUGCUGAUAAAGUCAGUGAUCCAGUGACAGCUGUAUAGUUUUGGAGGAAAAUUACUGGUGUAAUUAUCUUGGCCUAGAAGAUGAAGCAUGAUUUUUGGAGAAAAAAAAAGUUUUUAUAUCGCAAAUACAGGGUUUUAAGCAUUACGCUCUGGUAAUAAUUCCCUCCUUUCUUUCCUUUGCCCUCCAAAAAAUAAAGAAGUGUAGAUUUAGAAAAUAUUUAAAAGUAUACAGUAUACCUUUUUGGAGGUAUACAUUAAAUUUCUGAUUUAAUGCUUAUUUGGAAAUAAAAACAUGUGGGCUUAAAGAUGGGCUGCAAUUCAAUUUUGAAAAAGCCCAUUGGUCUAAAUUUGAUUGCAGUCCAAAAUAAUAUUCAGUACUUUUAAUACAGUACAUUUUUAAUUACAUUUGUUUUAUUCUACUGAAAACUACACUUUCAGUAGACAUUCAGUUUUUCCACACUGCAUUUCUAAAUUUUGGUGGUGCAUGAAUCAACACAUUAAUACUGAAAUGAGGUCAGUCAGUUUACAAAAACCUCAUUGGUGAAAUAAUUUCUGUAAAAAUUUGAUUCAUUCCUUCAAUGGAUUUUUCUCAGCGACUUCCUAUUCCUUGGUCAAAACAGUCAAGCUCAUUUAUUUAGGUUACAUUGGUUGUUAUGAGAUCUGAGUCCUUUUCAAAUUUGUGUUGAAAGGGUGUUCUUUCAAAAUGAAAGUCCUCAUGGCUAUAUUGUUUUAUGUUUUAUCACAUUAUGUUAUGGGAUGUAUUUUAAUAGUGAUCUACAAUAACAUUGUAGUUUUUAAAAUGCUUCAUGGCAACCCAAAUUACCUAAUUAAGUGAGUACAUAGUGCUUUAAUGGGGAAAAUGUGAAAUGUUCAGUGGUUACAUUUAGUAAAUAUGAAUACUCUGAAGGAAUAUCUUUGUUUUGUCCAUUAAACGUGACAAAAAAAUAAAAGCAUGUUAAGAUUUAGACCAAUAGCUAUAAACAAGGAUUUUUGAGAGUCCGAUUGUACCAGCUUAUUAUAUUCCAUCACUACAGUUCUAGCCAAGGAACAGAAAUAUUGUGAAUUCUAACCAGGUUCAUUGUCUUAUGUUGUUUUUGCACUGGCAAUAUCUUUUUAAAAAAGAAUGUGUGCUGGAUAAGGCACUGGAUUUUAUAAUAAUUGAGUUUAGUUAUAAGUAACCAUUCCCACCCUAACAUACUCUUGCCAUAUAGACAGUUGUUCUGUUGUACUGUAAACAUUACAGGUGCAUCAACAAUACAUUUUAAAUGGAAUCUGUAACAUCAGCUUGUAAAUAGCAGCAGAAAUUAUUUUUUAUCUUGCAUAUGCUGCCAAACAUUAAUGAAAUGGAAAUGUUAUGAGUAUUUUCAGUUGUUACCAUAGAAAGUACACUGGGGAAAUCAAUUUAACAAAAAGGUUAAACUUAUACAUUAAUGGGUGAAUUAGUUUGUUCUCACCAUGAGGACGAGGGGUUCUAUCUUGACAGAACUGGCUCUAAACUCCUGUUCCCUGAUGAUCUAGCCUUCUCUAGCGGCCAAACUCAACAUUUUUCCAGUCGUUCUUUCCUACACUGAUUUUGACUCUUCCAGCAUUGUCCGGACUGCAUCAUUAAUAUAAUUUGUAGCAUUAAGCCAUCUCGAUUCUUUAUUACCUUUCUGUUGCCUUCCUGAAUCGAUACCAGGAAGCUGGAAACUCAGACCCACCAUGCGAUCAGAUGACUUCUUAAUGUCGAUAUGUUUUAUAAUAAUGGACAGGAGAACUUGAAUCUCAGUCUGGCAAUCAAAAAGCCACAUCCCCUGAACUCUGUUGUUUCUGCAACUCUAGUGGAGCUUUGUGUGUCGGUGUAAACCAGUGCAAAACAACUGGUGGUUUGCUGCAUUCAUUCUGUUUUACUAGGUUUAAAAUGUGUCCUUCCUAAGAACAAAGAUUCUCGAGGUGCUGUACUUUAUUUGCUUGAUUUUCUGUCAAGUAAAACCCAUCCAUGAGCUUCAUUCAUUAACUCAGUCCUGAUGGGAGCAGUGGCUGGGGUGGGGGAGGGGGGGCGCAUUGAUGGAGAACUGAGACUUCAAAAGCAGCGCAGACUCACUUCUGGUCUCCCUUUUUCACUGGAUGUAUUAGCAGUGCAAAAUUCCAAGUACUAGCCACAGUAUUCUAGCUGUGGAUAAUACCGGAUCUGAAUAUGUCACUUAAAUGAAAGAAAAUAAUUACAUGAGAAAGAACUGACUUUCCUCAUAUUUGCCUUUCAGAAAGUAGAUGGUACUUCCACUUGGACCAUGUCAACACAGUGGCAGAUAAAAGAUACUUUCAUUAUGUCAAGGCACCUGUUGUACAGACACUGAAGGGUCAUUCCAAUUGUGUUGGAAAUGGAUUAUAAAUGUAAAAAAUGAUGUGUAAUAAAUGUGUAGCUAACAGUAAGCCUUUGAUGAAAAGGGAAAGUAAGUGGUCAGAAUAAGAAAGCUGAAAUUGAAUGAUAUUCUGAAGAAAUUUGAUUCCCCCAUUCUAUGUAGUGCAGGCUUAAAUCUCAUUGAUCAGCAGGUUAAGUUCGACACAAAUAUUUGAAUGUCUGAGAAAGACAAUCAACUGUUUAUGCUGUAACAACACCUGAUACAAACAGUACCCAAAUAUUCACAGAGGAGUGUUGUUUUAUUUUGAAAUGGGCAUUUCUUCCAAUUCUGAUCACCAACCUCUGUCUUUUGAUUUAGAUCACACUGAACAGUAGCAGAGUUCCUGGUAGCAUCUGAGCUUAAUAGGUGGUGUUAUUUACAUGUGUGUACUAUGAAAUCAUGCUGUAUAUACAAUCUAUAAGUAUAGUAAGCAUUGGUACAUUUGUUCUUACACUUACCUUAAGAUGCAAGGAUCUUAACAUACAAGUUAGCGACCAUGGUGCAAUAGCACUUUUUGGCACAAAUUUCAUAACAUGUUCUUCAUUUAAUAGAAUUACUUAGUAUCUCUGGAAAUUUCCUGUCGGCAACUUUAAUAUCCAAUAUAGAAUCUAAAUUUCCCAUUUGUUUUCUUCCUAAUGUAUUGUUGAUGCAUUAGUAAAGAAGCAUUCCAGAAAAUUGCUGGUGAGAGAAACUUGUCCCUCUUAUGUGCUAACGUUAUAAAUAUUAAUUCUCCUUUAAAAUAAAAAUUAUAUCAAAAACUAGAACUUAUUUUAAAACUUAUUAUAAUUGGAAACAUUACAUCUAUUAAAUUUAUCUCCUGUAAGGUUCACUUUGUUUUAAAUUUUGCCAUUUUCUGUGUAUUUUAUUUAAAUUCUGUAUUUCUUUUCUCCCAAAGAUGAAAUGAAAAGCAAUUGUGAAUAAUUCAGUAACCCCCCCCCCACCCCCACCCGUAUGCUGAUUGCAUUUGCUUAGUUUGGAGAGGAGUGUAUAGGCAAUACUGGAUUUGAUGUCAGUCUCAGUUAUGGUGUUUGUCUCAGGUGAAGCAAAUGCUUUGUUGUUUGACCAGUGGAGCAACUCCAUCUAUUGACAGAUAACCAGACAGGAGCUUUGCUUAAUUCAGUUAAACACAAAUCUCUGGGUUAUUUGAUUUAUUUUGCCAGUAGAAAGCAGAGAUCCAAAACAGGAGCCUAAAUGUAGAAAUUCCCAAACUUACUGCUAGUGUUUAAUUUACUUGUAAACCAUUGUUUACCUGUUGUUUCAGCAUUCCACACCCUGUUUUUUUGUUUUGGAAUGACAACAACACAAUGUCUUCCUAUGAGUCUGCUAACAUUACUAGCUCUCUUUUUGGAUCUCAAAUAUAUUUCACUUCAAAUGAAAGCAGACGACUGCUGGCUAAAAUGAAUACGGCCAUGCAAAAAUAUAUUCAUCCAAAAUGUUACUCAGUUCUUCAACCUCUUCACAAUGAAAUCUGUCAGUUGCUUUGUGAAUAGUUUACUAUAAAAUAUUUAACUGAACACAGCUUGUUGGGAAAAUUGUGAAAUUUAACCAGUAAACUUGGAGAGAUAACUGAAGCCAAUGGUAAUUUGUAUUCUCUUGUGAUUUGUGUAGUGGAAGCCUAAUUUGUGCACUUCAGUAUGAACUGAUUCUUCAUAUAUCUUGGUGCUCCGUGAUUUUCCCUCAAGGACCCUAAAAAUGAUCCAGUGCCUCUUGCCAAUGUGAUUUGUUCUGAGGUGGGCUUCUUAAUAAACUAAAGGUCAUAUCAAAUGAGCUGUUGGAGAAUGAAGCUACUGCACUGUUACACUGUAUAUCUGCAGUCGAUCUCCGCACACUGGAUGAGUGCGUAACUAAACGCAAUAUGAGCGUGUACUCUCAUUUUGCUUUGCAGAUAUUCAACUAUUGUUGGGCUUGUAUUCUGCGGCCAAGACAACCUUUUUUUAUACCAUGGACCCUUACCAUUAACCAAGGGGUCCAUGGACCCCAGGUUGGGAAUCCCUGAGCUAGGAGAAUCCUGAUGUUUGGAAACAAAGCAGUUUGAUUAGUAUUUGAUUCCCAAAUAGGUAUUUUUAAAAGAAAAAAAACCUGUCAUUCUAGGAUUCUACCUCUGAAUGUCACUUGGUCCUUUAAAAUUGGCAGUUGAAUGCGUGGCUGUUAGUGCUGAUGUCGGCGUCGUUUACCUUCAGUACCUGUGUCACCUUGUCCAGUGUUACUUGAUUAUAUUGUGGCCAUUUUACUGCCAUACAGCUCCCCAUUAGACAUCACCGGGUUAUACACCUGUGAAGUUAAUUUCUUUUCUGCCAAACAUUUCACUUGCAGAUUUGCAAGUUUGCUGCUGUGUACCCUUCCUAGUCUCUAGAGUAGGAGAUUCCAACCUUUUUUAUUCCAUGGACCCCUACCCUUAACCGAGGGAUCCGUCAACCCCUGGUUGGGAUGCCCUGCUCUAGGAUAUCCAGAUCUUUUAUUUUAACUUAUCACCAAUGGUUUUAUCUUUGUGCCAUUUCCAAUGUGCCAGCUAAUCAAAAGCUCUUAUGUCCAUCAAACUAUCUUUGCCUAUAUUAUUUCAACAAUAAGCAGUUUUAUCAGCUAAUUCCCUAGUUGUUUCUUCCCUGCGCUGAUUUUUUACACCUUCAAAUUAGCAUUAGAAUGCAAAUUCAUAUAAGUGUGAUAUAAACCCAAUGGAUGUUUAUUAAUGUAGCAAUUGUACAACUUCUGCGACUCCUAUGAGGGUAGAAGCAGUGAAUCACUUGUAUAUACUCUAAAUUUGUACCUGCACUCCACUCUUAACUACUUUUCUUUGGUCUAUUUUAUUGAUUAGUCUUGGCACUUUGAAGUAAUCUGCAAUUUAUCACGUCUUCAUACUAAACUGGGAGACACCUUGGAUAACUUGCAGGGUGUUCUUACAGUAAGGAAAGAAGUUUAAAUUGGCUGCAGUGGUGAAAUAACAAUUUCAUUAGAUCUCACUCCCACUUUUGUAACUACCUGAAGAUCUUUGCCCCAAUAACUCCAAAGCUGUCACUGUUCGAACGUUCUUGUUAUUCGUCAUUAUUCAUAAGAGUAAAAGUGAAGCAGAGUCCCUACCCAUGGUAAAGAUUAAACAGUUAACAAUGUUGAUAAGCCAGGCAGACAUCCAAGAUAUUCCCAUUUUUCCCUUUCCACCCCACAAUACCAGUGCCCCAUUCAUUCAUUCCAUGGUGUAUGAUCAGCUUUGGGCAGGUGGCUUAGAAGAGUGUAUUUACUUGCCUGAUUCACAUGGUUAACAAUUUAUUUUGGUAAUUUCCACUACUAAUUUUUGUGCAUAAAAUUCCCUUUAAGAAAUGGUCAUUGUGAUCAGAAACUUGCCACGUGCUUCAUUUCAAAUUUAUUUUCAAUAAUCUCAAAGCCACCUUUGCCAGAUGUCAAACUAACUGGUGAUAAUUUAGACCCUUGUGACCAUUUAGUAACUUUUCCACAUUUGAUUUAUUUGUCUAUUGGGCACUGAUAUUUGUGACUGGCAAUUCUGCACUGCAGCAAUCCCGCAGUAUCAUCCUAUUAUUGACAAGUGUUAAUAAAGAAGUAUUAAUGUCACUUCGGAGAAAUUUCAUGCACUUAACCAAAAGCACUUCAAGUGAUCCCAGUUACUUGGGUUAAGUGUGCAAAUGCAAGCUACAGUGUCCUGUUUUAUCAAAGUUAUUUAAAUUUUGUAAUUGGGUAAACUAAGGAUGAUUAUGUCAAAUUACAUUUUUUUCUGUAUCUGUGAGCCUGCGAAGGAUGCUUCAUCAGUUUGAAUUGUUUGUAUUUUUGCAAUGUUGAAAUCACAGCUUGUAUGCUACAAAACCUAAAGGUGUGACUGCUGAUAUUAGUGGACAGAUGUGUUGGUCUGAAGUUCUCUGCUUAUUUUAGCAGGGAUGUUAACCAUUUAAUAUAGACAGGUUAACACCAGUGCUUAACAUAAAGUAAGCAGAGGAAUAGUGUAAACAGUCUUGUGGAUAUCCUAAACUGGUGCUUGUUGAAGUGAUUUGAAUGCCAAUACAGCUCCAAGAUAAAUAAGUUUAUCUAAAAGCAUUCCUGUUCUCAGGACAAGUUGUUUUGACAGCUCUGGUCUGAGAAAGUAUUGUACUGUUCUGAGUUUGAUAAUUGCACCUCAGGGCACUACUUUGCCAUGCCCACAGGGUCUACUACAUAUGUGCUUAUUUCUGCUGUUUCCAGGUAUUACAUUAUUCUGUCUAAUGACUAUUGAGACUGUGCCAUGGUGGUUCAAUGCACAAGCAAAGCCUUUCAGCUUAACAGAGGAAAUCAUGUUGCUUAUGAAUUCAGAUACUUCCAUUCAUGUGGUGUUUACCUCUGACCUCUUCUGCCUCCCCAUGGAGGUCAAGGACAUUGAUGAUUGCUUAAAUCUAAUGUUGCGCCACUUUCCUCCAGGAUGUUGUUUUCAAUAUUUUUUGUUUUAAAUAAAAUACUGUAAUUAUUAAAGAUGCUGGCAUAAUUAUAAAGCAAAACUAGGGUGGUUAUGGAAGUUACCAGUAUGGCAACAGCAUAGAAUUACAUCUUUAUCAGUUUCCCUGGAGUUGUCACAUAGCAUGUGGAGUAAUCAGAUAACCUGUAAGCCAACUCAUAAUAAUCUUGGAAGCAAAUAAACAGGGACCAUCCUAAUUGUUCCUACUAAAGCCAAUAUCCUAUCGGUAUUACCCUUCCAUCUUACCUAGCUUCCCAACUGCCUGUGCUUUCCUAUAUUUGCAGUACUUCACUGAAGAACAAUCCAAAUGAAAUAGUAUCAAGAAAAGUACUAAGAGAGGCUUCCUAUUGUGAGCCACUCUCCUGUUAUACGGGUGUAGGAUAGUUCUAAAAUGUAAUGGGCUGGAGUAUUUAUUAGCAGCAUAUAUUGAAAUAUUUUCUGCAUUUUGCAGAAUAACAACUUAAUGUUAUUACAUUGCUUACCUGAAUCUCCAUGGUCUAAUUCCUCAUAAGUCUCUUAACAUGGUUAGAAUUUUAAAUUAGCUGUUUGUUUAUAUAUGUCCAUAUCAAGAUAAUCCCUUCGAUUUAAUAAACUGACCCAAGGUGCACUCUGAUUUUUCACUUGCACCCUUCUACAGUUUUACUUAGGAUUCCUGCUUCUGACAAUGUACUGUGGACUAUUUUAAAAAGGUUACAACUCAAAUUGCUGGUUCACAUACACAAGGGGAACUACAAUCUUAGCCUGUGUGUUGUGCAAUUCUGUUUAAAUUUAGUCCUCCAUUAAAGAAUUUCUGUCUGCAGGGUUUGAACCAAGUUGGAUGCUAUCAACUAGAUUUGUUAAAUGGUUAAUUUGCUUACCUUGUAUUUUCCCAUGAACCAUCAUGGACUAGAACGAGUGAGUAUUCCUACUUGAUCACCCAUGUAUAUUAAUGAUAUCACCAUUGUGGGGGGGGGGUGGUAUUAAGAUUAUUUUCUUCUUUUGUUCAUAUCUUUGUUCAUACAUAUUUUGGCAGCACUGUUUGGACUGGUAUAUUGGUCAGCUGGGCCAUUUUAGAGUCCAGCAUCAUCCAAGCGGGAACAAAAGUAGAGGACUGCUGAAGGGACACUCCAUCUCCCAAGACUUGAGUUUAUUGUUGGGUAUAUGUGUUAUAUACAUUUAGUGACCAAAAUAGUUAGCAAAGCUACACAAAUUUGUGUAGAAUACGUACACGACGCUGGACACUUUCAGCGUCGUGUACAUAUUCUUUGAUCCACAGCAUCUGCAGUUGUAUUUUUGUGUACAAAUUUGUGUAGGAUGCCUAAUAAUUCAGGUUAUGAUUUUUGUUCCUGGUGUUCUCCUUGUUAAUAGAAAAUAAAUGCAGAAUUUUGUAAAGAUUUGAGUAAUUCUCAGUUGAUAUUUUAUAGGAUUAUACCACUUGUAAAUAACAUUUUGCUGGUUGGUUCUUAAUCCUUGUACAGCUGAUUCUUAUUUUGAAUUUGUAGCUGCACAAAACAUGCUGUACUUCAGAAAUCUCAAAUAUACUUGAAUAAAGUUUUACUUUAAAGUUA